GCGGGGCUCAGGCGGUGGCGUCGCAGCGUGCGGUAGGGGAUUGGCCGGCAGCGAGGCCGACGGUUGGCUGCGUCCCUUUCCACAGGCGCAGAGAGCAUGCGCGGGGCGGGAGUGCGCGAAAUUCAAGCUCCAAGCUCCCGCCGCGGUAACUGGAACCCGACUCGAGGGUCAUGGAGGCGUCCGGAAGGUUUCCGGAAGCCGAGGCCUUGAGCCCAGAGCAGGCUGCUCAUUACCUGAGAUAUGUGAAAGAGGCCAAAGAAGCAGCUAAGAAUGGAGAUCUGGAAGAAGCAUUUAAACUUUUCAAUUUGGCAAAGGACAUUUUUCCCAAUGAAAAGGUGCUGAGCAGAAUCCAAAAAAUACAGGAAGCCUUGGAGGAGUUAGCAGAACAGGGAGAUGAUGAAUUUACAGAUGUGUGCAACUCUGGCCUGCUGCUUUAUCGAGAACUGCACGACCAACUCUUCGAGCACCAGAAAGAAGGUGUAGCUUUUCUCUAUAGCCUGUAUAGGGAUGGAAGAAAAGGUGGUAUUUUGGCUGAUGAUAUGGGAUUAGGGAAGACUGUUCAAAUAAUUGCUUUCCUUUCUGGUAUGUUUGAUGCUUCACUUGUGAAUCAUGUGCUGCUGAUCAUGCCAACCAAUCUUAUUAACACAUGGUUGAAAGAAUUUGGUAAGUGGACUCCAGGAAUGAGAGUCAAAACUUUUCAUGGUCCUAGCAAGGAUGAACGAACCAGAAACCUCAAUCGGAUUCAGCAAAGGAAUGGUGUCAUUAUCACUACAUACCAAAUGUUAAUCAAUAACUGGCAACAACUUUCAAGCUUUAGGGGCCAAGAGUUUCUGUGGGACUAUGUCAUCCUUGAUGAAGCACAUAAAAUAAAAACCUCAUCUACUAAGUCAGCAAUAUGUGCUCGUGCUGUUCCUGCAAGUAAUCGCCUCCUCCUCACAGGAACCCCAAUCCAGAAUAAUUUACGAGAACUAUGGUCCCUAUUUGAUUUUGCUUGUCAAGGAUCCCUGCUGGGAACAUUAAAAACUUUUAAAAUGGAGUAUGAAAAUCCUAUUACUAGAGCAAGAGAGAAGGAUGCUACCCCAGGAGAAAAAGCCUUGGGAUUUAAAAUAUCUGAAAACUUAAUGGCAAUCAUAAAACCCUAUUUUCUCAGGAGGACUAAAGAAGAAGUACAGAAGAAAACAAGCAACCUAGACGUCAAACUUAAUGAAAAGAAUCCAGAUGUUGAUGCCAUUUGUGAAAUGCCUUCCCUUUCCAGGAAAAAUGAUUUAAUUAUUUGGAUACGACUUGUGCCUUUACAAGAAGAAAUAUACAGGAAAUUUGUGUCUUUAGAUCAUAUCAAAGAAUUGCUAAUGGAGACGCGCUCACCUUUGGCCGAGCUAGGUGUCUUAAAGAAGCUGUGUGAUCAUCCUAGGCUGCUGUCUGCACGGGCUUGUGGUUUGCUAAAUCUCGGGACUGUUACAUUCUCUGCUCAAGAUGAAAAUGAAGGGGAAGAUUCCCCAGACAUGGACCAUAUUGAUCAAAUAACCGAUGACACAUUGAUGGAAGAAUCUGGAAAAAUGAUAUUCCUAAUGAGCCUACUUAAGAGGCUGCGAGAUGAGGGACAUCAAACUCUGGUGUUUUCUCAGUCGAGGCAAAUUCUAAACAUCAUCGAACGCCUCUUAAAAAAUAGGCACUUUAAGACACUGCGAAUCGAUGGGACAAUUACUCAUCUUUUGGAACGAGAAAAAAGAAUUAACUUGUUCCAGCAAAAUAAAGAUUACUCUGUUUUUCUGCUUACUACUCAAGUAGGUGGUGUCGGUUUAACAUUAACUGCAGCAACUAGAGUGGUCAUUUUUGACCCUAGCUGGAAUCCUGCAACCGAUGCUCAAGCUGUGGAUAGAGUUUACAGAAUUGGACAAAAAGAAAAUGUUGUGGUUUAUAGGCUAAUCACUUGUGGGACUGUAGAGGAAAAAAUAUACAGAAGACAGGUUUUCAAGGACUCAUUAAUAAGACAAACUACUGGUGAAAAAAAGAACCCUUUCCGAUAUUUUAGUAAACAAGAAUUAAGAGAACUCUUUACAAUCGAGGAUCUUCAGAACUCUGUAACCCAGCUGCAGCUUCAGUCUUUGCAUGCUGCUCAGAGAAAAUCUGAUACAAAACUAGAUGAACAUAUUGCCUACCUGCAGUCUUUGGGGAUAGCUGGAAUCUCUGACCAUGAUUUGAUGUACACAUGUGAUCUAUCUAUUAAAGAAGAGCUUGAUGUGGUAGAAGAAUCUCACUAUAUUCAACAAAGGGUUCAGAAAGCUCAAUUCCUUGUUGAAUUUGAGUCUCAAAAUAAAGAGUUCCUGAUGGAACAACAAAGAAAUAGAAAUGAGGGGGCCUGGCUAAAAGAACCUGUAUUUCCUUCUUCAACAAAGAAGAAAUGCCCUAAAUUGAAUAAACCACAGCCUCAGCCUUUACCUCUUAUAAGUACUCAUCAUACUCAGGAAGAAGAUAUCAGUUCCAAAAUGGCAAAUGUAGUUAUUGAUGAUCUGACCGAAGAGGGUGAGAAACAAGAUCUUUCCAGUAUAAAGAUGAAUGCUACCACCUUGCAAGAUGGUAGGCACCCAUGUGAAAGUAGAUGUAGUGCUGACUCUAUAGCUACUUUACCCAAGGGGUUUGGGAGUGUAGAAGAACUUUUUACGAACUCUUCAUUGGGAAUGGAAAAAAGCUUUGCAACUAAAAAUGAAGCUCUACAAAAAGAGACAUUACAAGAGGGGCCUAAGCAGGAGGCACUGCAAGAGGAUCCUCUGGGAAGUUUUAAUUAUUUACCCAGCAAAUCAACCAAAGCUGAUCUUGGGCCAAAUCUAGAUCAACUAAAGGAUGAUGAGAUUUUACAUCAUCGCAAUCCUUGGCCCAUUAUUUCCAUAACAAAUGAAAGUCAAAAUGCAGAAUUGAAUGUAUCCAUUAAUGAAAUAGUUGAUGACUUUUCAGCAUCCCAUAGUGUACUGCAGGAUGCUCAAGCAAAUGAGGCCAAGUUGAAAGAGGAAGCUUCAGCAUCUUCACCACAGUAUGCAUGUGAUUUCAAUCUUUUCUUGGAAGACUCAGCAGACAACAGACAAAAUCUUGCCAGUCAGUCUUCAGAGCAUGUUGAAAAAGGAAAUAGCUUGGGUGGCUCUGCAGCUAAUUCCAGAGCAGGGUUUGUGCAUAGCAAAACAUGUCUUGGUUGGGAGUUUUCUGAGAAAGAUGAUGAACCAGAAGAAGUAGUAGUUAAAGCAAAAAUCAGAAGUAAAGCUGGAAGGAUUGUUUCAGAUGAUGAAGAUGAAGAUGAUUCUUUUAAAGAUACCUCAAACACAAACCCAUUCAACACAUCUCUCUUUCAAUUCUCAUGUGUGAAAAAAUUUGAUGCUUCAACUCCCAAAAAUGACAUCAGUCCACCGGGAAGGUUCUUUUCAUCUCAAAUACCCAGUAGUGUAAAUAAGUCUAUGAACUCAAGAAGAUCUCUGUCUUCUAGGAGGUCUCUUAUUAAUAUGGUUUUAGACCAUGUGGAGGAUAUGGAGGAAAGACUUGAUGACAGCAGUGAAGCAAAGGGUGCCGAAGAUUAUCCAGAAGAAGGGGCAGAGGAAAGCAGUGGCGAAGCCUCUGAAUGUGCAGAAGAGGAUCCUUCCGGAGAAACACAGUCUUCAGAAAACAAGUCCAGCUGGUCAAUCAUGUCUAAGUCUAGUGCUCUAGCUCAGGAGACCUCUCUUGGUUCCCCUGAGCCCUUGUCUGGUGAACAGUUGGUUGGUUCUCCCCAGGAUAAGGCGGCAGAGGCUGUGAAUGACUAUGAGACUCUUGUAAAGCGUGGAAAAGAACUGAAAGAGUGUGGAAAACUCCAGGAGGCCCUAAACUGUUUAGUUAAAGCGCUUGACAUAAAAAGUGCAGAUCCUGAAGUUAUGCUCUUGACUUUAAGUUUGUAUAAACAACUUAACACUUGAGAAUGUAACCUGUUUAUUGUAUUUUAAAGUGAAAUAAUAUGAGGGAAUUUUUGUUUCCAUAAUUGGAUUAUUUGGGAACAUGAAGCAUUCAGGGUUAAGGCAAGAAAGAUCUCAAAAAGCAACUUAUGCCCUGCAACUCCCCCACUCCAUAGUCUGGUAUUCUGAGCACUAGCUUAAUAUUUCUUCACUUGAAUAUUAUAUUUUAGACAUAUUCUGUAAACUGUGUUGUUUCUUGGAAAGUUUUGUAAAAUUACUCUGGCCAUUCUUAAUUUUACUCUGAAAGUGAUCAUCUUAACAGUUCACAUAAGAGAAAAGUUACUUUUCUUGUGUUUUCCA